GCGGGUCCAAAUUCAAACACAGAAACACUUCCCGUUGACUACUGCAGCUAGACGUUUCUCCGGGAGACACAGGGAACAAACUACUUUACAAGCUUCAGCAUGUCGUCGUCGGUGAUGAGUGGCGCGGCGGUGUGGAGGGCUCACAGCGUUCUGGAGGAGUCAGACGGGGGCGAGUUCAGCUCCCCUGAGGCCCCCCCCCCUGACCUCUUCAGGAAGCUACGCUCCUCCUCCUCUCUCAACUCCCUCCGCAUGUCUCUGAAGAGGAGGCUUCCGCUGCGCUCUGUACAGACCAACUCCCUGCCAGACCCUGAGCUGACCCCUGACCCCACCUGGGAGAGUCUGCAGGCCAAUCAGAAGACCAACGCUGUCUGCCAGCUCACGCGCAGCGCACGCAGCCACAUCGGGGGAGUGUACCAGAAGCUUCAGAGGAACAGAGCAGUGGUACAGGGUCAGGAGGAGUGUUUGGUGGCGACACCUGGCCAGGUGUGUGAGGGGGGAGAGCACAACGAGGGGGUCACCUCCCGUACACCCAGGCGCACCCCCGUCCGUUCCACCACACUCAUACCUACAACAACCCCCAGUCGCACCCCCAGAGCCACCGUGCCCAAACGCGCCCCUGCCUCAGGCCGCAGGGGGAGGAGAACCCCAGGGCGAAGUCCUGAGGUGACAGGGGUGAAGAACGUGGGAGGGAGGAGGCAGCUGGUUCGGAUGGCUGCACUACGAAGCCCCUUCGCAUCUCCUAACACUCAGAGCCUCAGACGGAAGUUUGGCCGGGACCUGGAGAGUGUGUCCAGCGGUCUCAGGAAGCUGAAACGUCUGUCCCACGCCUUUGAUGAUGUCAUAGGGAGAGACGACCGCAGAACCUUCAACUACUCUCUAAUUGCAGAGUGAAUAUGCAGGUCCCGUGCAGCAGAGCGUUAUGGUGAGGAGGUUGGACCCCGGCGGGAGGCUGGGCUGCUCCUCUUUCACAGAGCCAAACGCCUCCUACUAGCUCAGUCUCACGUCAGAAUUAGACGUUGAUCCAUGUUUCUCAAACGUCAAAUUGCAAAGUUUUUUUAAAAGAUUGAGUUUAGACAUUUAACUCAAUUUUUUAAGAUUUAGGGUUAUAAGUUCAGGCUGGUUUCCCCCCCCUCGGCUCCCGACGUCCUCAGACAUAGAUGGACGUCGGAUACUGACUGGUAUCACGGGGGACCUGGUUCACCUUGCAGUCCUCAAGCCACACUGAACCCCACAUACCUUCCUGUUACAGUGUGUUGGUGUGAGGAAUAUGUAUCUUUCCAUAUUCUAGAUGUCCAGUUGCAGCCAAAUAGAUUAGCAUCCUUGCAACUUCUCUUAAAUAAUUCCCUUUUUCUUCUCUUAAGUUAACGUUUGAAAUUGGUCUCCACACCUUUUUGUUAUUGGAUUGUCAACAUUGCAGAACAUAUGUUUAUUUUGUUGCUAGUUUUUGCACGGCUUUUUGUUCAAGAUAACUGCAGACAAAUGUUUCUUCUUCCAUCAAUGAGCUUGCUGCACUAUUCUACUGGAGAUUUGACCUUCAGAAAAUAACGGCUCUAGUUAUUCAAUGCCCUCCACCAACUGCUGUUUGGAGCUCUCCCCCAAGGUAAUGGAUGUGAUUCUGGACUCUUCACUGGCCUCUCUCCCAAGGUAAUGGAUGUGAUUCUGGACUCUUCACUGGCCUCUCUCCCAAGGUAAUGGAUGUGAUUCUGGACUCUUCACUGGCCUCUCUCCCAAGGUAAUGGAUGUGAUUCUGGACUCUUCACUGGCCUCUCUCCCAAGGUAAUGGAUGUGAUUCUGGACUCUUCACUGGCCUCUCUCCCAAGGUAAUGGAUGUGAUUCUGGACUCUUCACUGGCCUCUCUCCCAAGGUAAUGGAUGUGAUUCUGGACUCUUCACUGGCCUCUCUCCCAAGGUAAUGGAUGUGAUUCUGGACUCUUCACUGGCCUCUCUCCCAAGGUAAUGGAUGUGAUUCUGGACUCUUCACUGGCCUCUCUCCCAAGGUAAUGGAUGUGAUUCUGGACUCUUCACUGGCCUCUCUCCCAAGGUAAUGGAUGUGAUUCUGGACUCUUCACUGGCCUCUCUCCCAAGGUAAUGGAUGUGAUUCUGGACUCUUCACUGGCCUCUCUCCCAAGGUAAUGGAUGUGAUUCUGGACUCUUCACUGGCCUCUCUCCCAAGGUAAUGGAUGUGAUUCUGGACUCUUCACUGGCCUCUCCAGAACAAUCCAGCGUUUUCCUCUUGAACCAUUCCAGGGUGCUUCUAUGUGUUUUAGGGUUGUUGUCCUACUAGAAGACCCACAACCUUCAACAGAGAGACAUUGCUCUCCAAAAUGCCCUGAUAAUCUACUCAUUGCAUGAUUAUUUUUGUCUUGUUUGGGGGUCUUUCUGGUGUCUCCUUCAGCAGCGGGGUCUUCCUGGUGUUUACCAACAACCAAAACAAAGCAUUCAGAUAAAUAACACAAUCAAAGAUGGUGGAGGUUUGCUUUGCUGCUCCUGGUACUAGUGGUCUUGGAACAGGAGAUUCUGGGUUUCUGGAGUCCAAUGUUCAACCCAGUAUCCAAAAACUGGGUCUCCAUUAAAGGUUGUGGGUCUUCCAGCAGGACAAUGACCCCUAAAACAGAGGUUCUGGCGUGCCCGGCUAAGAGUCCCCAAAUUGACAGUUGAAAAGGUGUGUCAAGCAUAUAUAUUUUUUGCUUCAAGAAGUGUUUGUCUGCGGUUAUCUUGGUCAAGAGGCUGUGCAACCAAGUACUAAGCUCUGAGGUGCCAAUCAUUUUGUCGAUGACAUUUGUCUUUUAAGUUUACAAUUUGUAAUUUUAGAAAAUAAAGUUGACCAAAAAAAAAAAAAAAAAAAUUUGGGUUCUGCAAAUGUUGAAGAUCUAAUAAGGUGUGUAUUCUAAAAGCAUUUACAAAAUAAAUCCAUAACGCAAUGUCAUUCAUUUGGAAUGGAUAACAUUGCAUAGUUGAUCAUCACACCUAAGGUGACUAGACGUUUCUCAAAUUUGAACUUAUUUGAGAAACGGGGGACUAAGAAAAGUACAUGCGCGUGUUGGUACAUACCGGUUACUGACUACCAGCCUGGGACAGUUUCUAUACAGUAUGUUCAUGUAUUCUAUUCACCUGAUGAUUCCCUGCCCCUUGACCCAGCUCCUGGUCCAACAGGAUUGUUUGCCCAUUCACAAACAAACAAAAACAUUGUUAAAUAUAAAAUUACAUGUCAAAAAUAUUCCAUUUUUAUACAAGACCUGAAGGAGGAAAAACUCACAAAUUGGCUUGUCCUUGUUGACACAGGCAUCAUAAGGUGAAUACUUAAACAGAAUGGGAUUCGUUUCUAUGUUCAUAGAUUCUAUAAUGUAACAGGUUUGGUUUUAUACGUGAUGGGAUGUUCAGGUAAAGCCGGGGGUGAAAGUAGAUUGUAUUUCUUCUCGGUAGGGGUCAGCCAAGAGCACGCAUUUUUAUAUUUUUACUGCGAAAAUGAC